GCUCGUUCGCGAUUGAUGUUGCCCCUUUUCUAUCUCAUCCACGAUGGGUAUCUCUCGUGAUCAUUGGCAUAAAAGGCGAGCAACGGGUGGCAAGAGGAAGCCACUCCGUAAGAAGAGGAAGUUUGAGUUAGGUCGACCUGCUGCAAACACUAAACUUGGACCUCAGCGUAUUCACACUGUACGCACUAGGGGAGGUAAUAAGAAAUACAGAGCCCUUCGUCUUGACACUGGUAACUUUGCUUGGGGAUCAGAAGGUAGGGCACGUAAGACCCGUAUCAUUGAUGUUGUUUACAAUGCAUCAAACAAUGAGUUGGUCAGAACCAAGACUUUGGUUAAAAAUGCCAUUGUUACUAUUGAUGCAACACCUUUUAGACAGUGGUACGAAGCACACUAUGCUCUUCCUUUGGGACGCAAACGAGGAGCCAAAUUGACUGAUGCUGAGGAGGAAGUUUUGAACAAAAAAAGGUCCAAAAAAGCCCAAGCCAAGUACAAGGCUAGACAACGUGUUGCUAAAGUAGAACAAGGUCUUGAAGAUCAGUUUGCAACUGGAAGAGUUCUUGCUUGCAUUGCCAGCAGACCUGGACAGUGUGGUAGAGCAGACGGUUACAUUCUUGAAGGCAAAGAACUUGAGUUCUACUUGAGGAAGAUUAAGAGUAAAAAGGCGAAGUAAUUUGUAUAAUGAAAUUUAAUAAAACGCGUACAUAAAAAAAAA